CAGCAGCGCUAAACCCACUCAGGGGAUUAGUGUCCACAUGUCCCAGCAUCGGCAGGAACAUUGUCCUACUUUGUUCUGAACACUCCUACUUGGGAGUCCGCCGCUGCCGGUUUGAACUUGUUGGAAUUCUGAACUGUCUGGCAGCAACUUAUUGCUUUUUGCCACCGUGACCCAGCAUCCUCCACCAUGCCUGGAGAUGGAUUCACUUUCAAGAGUCGCAUUAGGAACCUGCUCAGGUCUCCUUCAGCCAAACACAGGAAGGCCAGAAGAGACAACAUCCCCAACAAGGUUGCAUUGGAGAAAGUUUUGGGCGUCACCACUUUGGGAAAUAGCGGCCUGGCCUGCGACCCCAACACUGGACUAGUGGCUUAUCCUGCAGGGUGUGUGGUUGUUUUGCUAAGUCCCAGAAAGAACAGGCAGCACCACCUGAUCAACACGUCAAGAAAGACCAUCACAGCUCUUUCAUUCUCCCCGGAUGGCAAACACCUGGUCACGGGAGAGAGCGGCCACCUUCCCGCUGUAAGACUUUGGGACGUGGCCGAGCGGCGGCAAGUGACCGAGCUCCAGAAGCACAAAUAUGGCAUUUCCUGUGUGGCCUUCUCGCCCGACUGCAAGUACAUCGUCAGCGUGGGCAACCAACACGACAUGAUGGUCAAUGUGUGGGCGUGGAAAAAGGAUGUGGUGGUUGCUGCCAACAAGGUGUCCAGCAAGGUGACAGGGGUGUCGUUCUCUGAGGACAGCUCCUACUUUGUCACUGUGGGCAACCGACAUGUCAAGUUCUGGUAUCUGGACCACUGCAAGGCCACUAAGGCCAGCGCUCCCGUUCCCCUGCUGGGCCGCUCGGGGCUGCUGGGCGAGCUGAGGAACAACUUCUUUUGCGACGUAGCGUGUGGGCGGGGCCAGAAAAGAGACUCUACCUUCUGCAUCACGUCCUCUGGCCUGCUGUGCGAGUUCAACAGCAUGAGGAUGCUGGACAAGUGGGUGGACCUGCAGAAGGGUGUGGCCCAGUCGCUAUCUUUGUCUGAGGACAGGAUCUUCUGCGCCUGCGCCGAUGGAACGGUACGAGCAUUUAGCUCUCUUGACCUGCACUUUGUAUGUACACUGCCACGGCCACACCCCCUUGGUGCCGACAUCGCCUUCAUUACUAAGGCCAGUCACUUAUUUUUCACCAAGUCCGACGCACGCUACCCGGACGCCAUCGCAAUAACCUACGACCCUGUCAGCCACUGGCUCAGCUGCGUCUACAACGAUCACAGCCUGUACGUCUGGGAUGUGAAAGACAUCAACCGGGUGGGGAAGGUCCACUCAGCCCUUUUCCAUGCAGAUUGUGUCUGGGACCUUGAGAUGGUUCCAGAUGUUCCUGAAACAGCAGCCGAUCUGUCUCCUGCUGCAUUCCUCAGCUGUUCGUCAGAUAACACCAUCAGACUUUGGCACGUGGAUGACCGCACACACAUUCGUUCUCGCAACAUCCUCAGCAGUGACCUUUUUAAGAUAAUCUACACUGGCGGCAGGACCGUCGCCUCAUAUGACCCUGAAAAUAUGGCCAACGUGAGCGUGGAUGGACAAUCGGCAGAAAGUAGAGCAGGCGUCAGGACCAUUUGUGUCAGCCCCGAUGGAAAACACCUGGCGUCUGGAGAUAGAAACGGGUUGCUUAGAGUUCACGACCUGAGUACAAUGCAGGAGCUUCUUAAAGUGGAAGCACAUGAUGCUGAAAUUCUGUGCUUGGAGUACAGCAAACCCGAAACCGGUCUGCAGCUGCUGGCCACGGCAAGCAGGGACCGCCUGAUCCACAUCCUGGAUGCCGCUGCCGACUACAGCUUGGUGCAAACCCUGGACGAGCACUCCUCAUCCAUAACCGCUGUUCGCUUUGCCGCCAAUGAGAGCAAGGUGAGGUUGAUCAGCUGUGGUGCGGAUAAAAGCAUCUAUUUUCGCACUGCCCAUACGAGUGACAAAGGAGCAGAGUUCCGCCGUUCCCACCACACGGUGAGGAAGACCACGCUGUAUGAUAUGGGUGUAGACCCCACCUGCAAGUACGCUGCUGUCUGCUGCCAGGACCGCUGCAUCAGAAUUUUCAAUAUCAGCAGUGGCAAACAGAGGAAGCUGUACAAAGGAUCGCUGAGUGAAGACGGAAGCCUACUCAGAGUUCAGAUCGAUCCAUCAGGCCAGUAUGUGGCCGCAAGCUGCUCCAAUAAGAACAUCAGCAUCUUUGAUUUCUACACUGGGGAGUGUGUGGCCACCAUGUUUGGACAUUCUGAGAUCGUCACUGGGAUGAGGUUUACUUACGACUGCAAGCAUUUGAUCAGUGUGUCAGGUGACAGCUGCGUCUUGGUCUGGCGUUUAGCUCCUGAAAUGACCAUAAACAUGAGAGAGAGACUCUUUCAGCUCAGGCGUAACGCACCCGCUCACAAGAGCGCCCCCCUCCGGCGAGAGGCGUACAGCGCUCCUGCUCUGGUCGGCCUGUCCUCUGACAGCGACCACAACCAUGAGCGCGAGGACGAAGAUGAAGGCCACAACAAAGACUCCAACAAUCAAGAAAAGAUCUCGGCCAUUAUCACAUCCUCAGACAGCAGUCAUGGCGAAGAGAACACAGGUGGUUCAGAUGAAGGACCUGACUGGGAACUGACAAAACCCGCAGUGACCACACCCAGCACCAGUGGUCGUCCUCGCAGGCGCUGGUCUCAUCGUAUGGGCUCCUUGGAGUUGAUGGUCAAGUCCAUGCUGGAUCUGAGGCAGUUGGAGACCUUUGCCCCCAACAAAUCUGCCGACUCUAACACUCAUGACAGAGACCGACGCAGCAUGUCCAGCCUCCACGAGUCCAUGCAGCACUUUGAGGAGCAGGCCAAGCGGUGUCGGCCUAUGGGAAGCUGUGAUUGGACAACAAUGGAUGCCAAUAAGGAGGAGACGGGUCUACCAGACAUUGAUUACAUUGUGAGGGAUCCACCAUGCCACCAGGCCCUCAGUAAGAGCCCGGAUAGCGCCUGCUCGCUGGACUAUGACAGUCCUGAUGGAGUCCUGAACGACUCUGCAGUAUCCCUCAGUUUAGACAGCUCAGAUGAUGAUGAGGAAAAGAUGGAGAUAAGCAAAGAGGAAGCAGAGAUGGCUGAGACCACUAGCGUCGAUGAAGCUCUCGGGACGGUGACAGCCGAGCUUGACAGCUCAGAAGAUUUCCUCAAGCAGGACUUUGAGAGGCUUGCGGACAUUUGCAGCACAGCUGAACCCAGCAGAGUCCCAAGGCUCAGCAUGUCUUCACGCUUCCUGGCCAGAGGACAUCACAACAGGGGAGGCCCUCUGUUUACCAAAGUGCAGGGAAAGGAACAUAGUAGCCUCUCCUCCAAACCCCUCGUGUCCAAAGUAAUACCCUUAAUGGAAGACAGGCAGAGCAGAAACCUGGAGGACAAGACUCCUGUGUCUCCCAGCAACACCUAUGGACCAAAGGGGGCUACCGUCUCUCCUCCCAUCCCAAGACCGCAGAAGAAGACCACGUCGGCGCCUCAUCUGUGGAGGUUCUCCACGCCUCUGUCCAAGCCUUCAGUGCUGCUGGACAGCACUACAAGUCUGCAGAAGUCUCAGUCCGUCCAGAACCUAAGUUUGGCUUCUCCACGUUUUGUGCUGCCCCUUAGCGACCAGAGGGAAGUCUGCAAGAGGCCCAUGCAUCUUUCCCUGGACCGAGACACUCUCAAGCCGUCCUCAAAUUUGUCCUCGCCAUCCCCGGGGUCGCCACAAUCCCCCCGCUCCUCCCACUCCUACAUGAACCCCACAGCCAGCUCCAUGGCCAAAAGCAGCCGCUCUUCCUCUCUGGGCGAAGGUCUGCACGCAGGCAUGCCCUUCAGCUUGUCCUCCCUUUCCUCCAAGGCCAGGAGGUCGUUGUCUGGUGAUCUGGAGCUAGAGUCGCCUUCUCUGGUCUGUCUGCAGCCCACUGCCACAGUUUUACCAACCCGCAUCCCUCAGCCCAAGCAACCUCUCAGCCCUCGACGCAGCCUCUGCUCCGACAAAACCAGCUUGGCCUGUCCAACAGUGUGUGACGUCACUUCCUGCAUAGGAAGCGAACCAGAUUCUCCAGAGAGGACGUCAGUGUCGGAGAAUAAUCGGGAUGCAAGUCUUGGACUUGAAGUGCUCCCUCUGGUGGUGGAAAAUCAAUGGCCGGCCCCCUCUCACUCCCAGCCAGGUGUUCCUUUAAUUCCUAACUCGUCGCUCUCUCGCUCUCCUCUUCCUCUUGGUCGUCAUUCUCUCUCGUCACGCUGGCCGCCGCUCGCCACCCAGCCCGUGCGUCAGUCAGCGUGCGUGUCUCCCCUGUGUGUGGCGCCGCCAACCUGCAGGCAAUGCCACAGUGGUGAGUUCAUUACCUUGGAAACAUGCAAGCAGGCAGUUAGUGAUCUUCAGAGCAGCCUGAGAAGAACCCUCAUGCUCUACACGGCAGUGCUCCAGCGCCAUCCGCAGUCAGCAUGCGACGGUCGCCAGGAGAUGGAGGAGGUCUUAACCAAAGCUCUGUUGUCCGUCAAAGCUGAGGUGGACCCGCUGCCUCAUUCCACUAUGCGCUCCGGAGAAGACGGUGCGAGUUUGGAGUUGAAAGGUGAAGCCUUGGCCCUGCUGGAGCAAUACGCCGAACUGUUGCUUAAGUCUGUGGAGAGGAAGCUGGACAACAAGAUGUGACCCAGGAGGUAACUUUUGUUUUCAUUGCUGAAACUCAAAGACAAAACUUAAAGGCCUACUGAAACCCACUACUACCCACCACGCAGUCUGAUAGUUUAUAUAUCAAUGAUGAAAUAUUAACAUUGCAACACAUGCCAAUACGGCCUUUUUAGUUUACUAAAUUCCAUCCAUCCAUCCAUCUUCUUCCGCUUAUCCGAGGUCAGGUCGCGGGGGCAGCAGCCUAAGCAGGGAAGUCUGGGCCACUUCGUCUAGCUCUUCUCGGGGGAUCCCGAGGCGUUCCCAGGCCAGCCGGGAGACAUAGUCUUCCCAACGUGUCCUGGGUCUUCCCCGUGGCCUCCUACCGGUUGGACGUGCCCUAAACACCUCCCUCGGGAGGCGUUCGGGUGGCAUCCUGACCAGAUGCCCGAACCACCUCAUCUGGCUCCUCUCGAUGUGGAGGAGCAGCGGCUUUACUUUGAGUUCCUCCCGGAUGACAGUGCUUCUCACCCUAUCUCUAAGGGAGAGCCCCGCCACACGGCGGAGGAAACUCAUUUCGGCCGCUUGUACCCGUGAUCUUAUCCUUUCGGUCAUGACCCAAAGCUCAUGACCAUAGGUGAGGAUGGGAACGUAGAUCGACUGGUAAAUUGAGAGCUUUGCCUUCCGGCUCAGCUCCUUCUUCACCACAACGGAUCGGUACAACGUCCGCAUUACUGAAGACGCCGCACUAAUCCGCCUGUCGAUCUCACGAUCCACUCUUCCCCCACUCGUGAACAAGACUCCUAGGUACUUGAACUCCUCCACUUGGGGCAGGGUCUCCUCCCCAACCCGGAGAUGGCACUCCACCCUUUUCCGGGAGAGAACCAUGGACUCGGAUUUGGAGGUGCUGAUUCUCAUUCCGGCCGCUUCACACUCGGCUGCGAACCGAUACAGUGAGAGCUGAAGAUCCCGGUCAGAUGAAGCCAACAGGACCACAUCGUCUGCAAAAAGCAGAGACCUAAUCCCGCGGCCACCAAACCGGAACCCCUCAAUGCCUUGACUGCGCCUAGAAAUUCUGUCCAUAAAAGUUAUGAACAGAAUCGAAGACAAAGGGCAGCCUUGGCGGAGUCCAACCCUCACUGGAAACGUGUCCGACUUACUGCCAGCAAUGCGGACCAAGCUCUGACACUGAUCGUACAGGGAUCAGACUGCCACAAUAAAAUAGUCCGAUACCCCAUACUCUCUGAGCACUCCCCACAGGACUUCCCGAGGGACACGGUCGAAUGCCUUCUCCAAGUCCACAAAGCACAUGUAGACUGGUUGGGCAAACUCCCAUGCACCCUCAAAAACCCUGCCGAGAGUAUAGAGCUGGUCCACAGUUCCACGACCAGGACAAAAACCACACUGUUCCUCCUGAAUCCGAGGUUUGACUAUCCGGCGUAGCCUCCUCUCCAGUACACCUGAAUAAACCUUACCGGGAAGGCUAAGAAGUGUGAUCCCACGAUAGUUGGAACACACCCUCCGGUCCCCCUUCUUAAAGAGGGGGACCACCACCCCGGUCUGCCAAUCCAGAGGUACCGCCCCCGAUGUCCACGCGAUGCUUACUAAAUUGCAAUUUUAAAUUUCUCGGGACUUUUUUCUUGAAAACGUCGUGUAAUGAUGACAUGUACGAGUGACGUCACGGGCUGUUAUGAAUAUGAGCGAUGCACACACACACAGCUAAACGUCGUCUGCUUUAACGGCAGAAUUACACAGUAUUUUGGACAUCUGUGUUUCUGAAUCUUUUGCAAUUUGAAGUCAAAGUAGAAAGACGGAGUUGGGAAGCUUUAGCCUUUAGCCACACAAACACACAGUGAUUCCUUGUUUAAAAUUCACAGAGGUGAAACUUUAGUAUGGAUCACAGCGGACAUGGAUCCUGACUACAUGUCAACCAGCAGGUUUCGGUGAGAAAAUUGUGGUUAAAAAGUCGCCUCUUACCGCAUAUCAGCUGAGCUUGCGCCUCCCGUACACCUGCCAUCGACUUCCCCGAGACACUGCGCGUCAACACCCGGCCGUGGACGUACACUUCCGACUAUCAGGUACAGUUAAACUCACUAAAACACUAGCAACACGAUAGAAAGAUAAGGGAUUUCCCAGAAUUAUCCUAGUAAAUGUCUCUAAAAACAUAUGAAUCCGUCUCAAUGCAAUGCGAUUGCAAUUGCGUUUUUUUUUUAAACUUUUUUUUUUUUUUUUAGUACGUCGCUAUCAAUAUCCCCAAACACGAAUCUUUCAUCCUCGCUCAAAUUAAUGGGGAAAUUGUCAUUUUCCCGGUCUGAAUAGCUGUUUUUGUUGGAGGCUCCCAUUAAAAUCAAUGCGAAUAUAUGAGGAGCCAUCAACAUUUUACGUCAUCGUCUGCGACUUCCGGUAGAGGCAGGGCUUUUCUCCAGUUGCGAACUUUAUUGUGGAUGUUCUUUACUAAAUCCGUUCAGCAAAAAUAUGGCAAUAUCGCGAAAUUAUCAAGUAUGACCGAUAGAAUGGACCUGCUAUCCCCGUUUAAAUAAGAAAAUCUCAUUUCAAUAGGCCUUAAAAGCCUUAUUUUGUUUCCCAUAAAAAAGAGAUGCCUUAACUAUUUUUUGUGGGGGGUUUUUUAUAAGCAGAAUUUGCCAUUUUAACUUACAUCAAAAGAACACUAGUGUUGUCAACAAAAUAAAACAUUGAAUUAAAGUAAAAAAGAACAAGUGAAGUUUGUAAUGUACUUGUCUCAGUCAUUCAGUUAAUUGUGUGCAUCGAAGUAAUAUUUAUUUAUGUACUGUAAGUACUUUGUGUUUGUAUGUGUUUCUACAAAAUGUAUUCCAAUGGAACUUCCUCUUCAAAAUAAACAGAACAAACUGAAGCCUAAGUAGCCAUGUUUGUUUUCAUUUAUAGUAUGCAUUUUUUAAUAUGAAAAACAUGUAUUCAAUACUUAAUUAUUAUUUUGUUUUAUUGCUGAAGAGAUAUUAACAAUUUAGUUUAUUUAACACGAUUCUCUUUAAGAAUGUAGACUAUUUAUCUCUGGCACUCAUCGAGGGCGGACGCUUUCUUUUCCUCUCCCUUUUCUCUCCUGCUUGCUUCUUUGUUUUGUCUUGUCUUAACUCUUUUUGCACUGCUCUCCAAAUCUAAACAUUGGAAUUGGUUAACUGGCCUCUAAACAAACUUGACAAGAUCUUGGG